AUGACUAAUCUCCAUAAUUCAGUAUCGGUUAAUGUCAGAGUGUCCCCUGAGUGUGACGUGCAGGAGCUUCAUCUGACUCCUAUUAGACAUAUCAAAGAUGGAGAGGGAAUGGUGCUAAAUGAAGAGGAAAAGAUCAGGGACAGAUGGAAAAGCGACUUUGAAUCCUUGUUGAAUGAGGAAAAUCCUAGAGCAGAUUUUGACGAAGCAGCUCCAAAAUUUGGAGUGACUUGUGAUAUAAAUAGGCAGGAAGUUAAAGAGGCAUUGAGGAAGAUGAAAAAUGGCAAAGCAACAGGACCGGACAACAUACCGGCAGAAGUUUGGAAGUGUCUAGGGGAUAAAGGAAUUGAUAUGUUGUGGGAUUUAAUGACAAAGGUCUAUGAGGAGCUAAAGAUCGAGGAAGAGAUAAAUGAAAGUAGGAUAAGGAAGGAAAUCGUCAUAGGUGAUGAGCAGUUUGGGUUUCUGCCAGGAAAAGGAAAUGCAGUGUUUGCGCUAAGGCAAUUGAUUGAAAGGCAUAGGGAAAUGAAACAAGGCCUGCAUAUGGUUUUUAUAUAUCUAGUGAAGGCCUAUGAUAGACUGCUAAGGCAGGAGCUCUGGAGAUGUAUGAGAAGGAGGGGAAUGCCAGAAAAAUAUGUUCGGAUCAUGCAGGACAUGUAUGAAGGAGCAAGAACUCGGAUGAGAACCAGUGUUGGCACUACAGGAUGA